AUGUCGGGUCGGCCCCAGAAGCUGGACGAAUUCGCGAGCUACUAUGCAACCUUCAGCCAGGUCAUGGCUGGCCGCGACAACAUCGAGCGCCGCUACACCAUUGUCAUCAGUAUGUACGAGAUGCUCACAGAGUACGGCGGCAAAAUACCGCCGGCCGAUCAGGUUACCCUGGACGACCUGAAGGAGGUUGUGGCGGGCUUCCAUCGGGCUCUUGGCGAGGCCGCCACCUGGGUGGAUGAGCGCAAACCCGCCAUGGUGCAUGCCCUGGGCAAGGCCAUCCGCGACGUGGUCGACCGGCUGCAGGACCUCUUCCACGAGCUCCGCAGUGGCAAGUACGAUGACGUUAACAGCACACCGGCGUCGGUCUUGGAGCAGCUGUCUGCUGCGACGGAUGCCUUCACCAUCAUCUCCGAGAAGGCCUCACGCUACCGCGGCUAUGAAGAGCUCUUCGGUCAGCAGCCCAGUCGCGGGCUGGACGAUGUGGAACAGGCGAACAAGGAGCUCACGGCGGCUCGCAACAAGUGGCAAGCACUGGCGGACUUCGAGCGCAGCAAGGAAACCUGGAUGACGUCCCCCUGCGCGGAGCUGGAUCCCGAGGCGGUGCAGGCCAAGGUCGACGAGCUUGCGCGCAACAACUACAAGAUGCUCAAGGCUCGCAAGGAGGACCCCGUGGCUGGCCGCCUCAAGGCGCAGCUGGAGGAAUUCCAGUCGGUGUUGCCGCUGCUGCAGGAGGUCGCAAACAAGGCCCUGGAGAAGCGCCACUGGGACCAAAUCCUCAAUAUCUUGGGCCGCCCUGGCGCCAUCAACUUCAACGUGCAAAACCUCCUGCAGUGGGGCGUUCUCAGCCACUUGGAAGCGGUAUCCAACAUUGGAGGUGUGGCCACCAAGGAGGCCUCCAUGCUCAAGACGCUGGAUAAGAUGGAGGCCGAGUGGAAUGGACUCGAGUUCCGCGUGCUACCGUAUAAAGAUACCGGUGCAUUCAUCUUGGGUGGUACGGAUGAGAUCCAGACGGUGCUGGAUGAUCAGAUCGUCAAGAUUCAGGCCAUGAACGCGUCGCCCUUCGUGAAGCCCUUCAAGGAGCGUGCAUCCGCGUGGGAGUCUACACUGCAAAACCUGCAGGACAUGCUGGACAACUGGCUCAAAUGUCAGGCCACAUGGCUGUACCUGGAGCCCAUCUUCAGCUCCGACGACAUUGUCAAGCAGAUGCCAGGGGAGGGAGACAAGUUCAGGUGA